AAAUCACCGAAGCGCUCUUCCUCUCUGCGUCUCUCGGCUUCACGCUCUGACAAGUGCGGCCCACCGAGACCCUAUUUAUAUCCCCUGUCGCGUAACCUCACUGUCUGUUUCCUAUGCGCAUUCACAUCUACUCUGGGGACCAGAGUGCGCUCUGUGACAGAUUAACUGAGAAAAACGUCUAUACUUUUUUAAAUUUUCUCUCGCUUUUUUAGUUUUGAAGAAAUUUGCCAUUUUCCAAAGGGGAAGUGCUUUUGUUUUCAGUUUACAUGAUUCUGUGGGGGUGACAGCCUGUCUCCCUCUCUUUAUCGCUCUGUCUUUGUGUGUGGAGUUUGACCGGCGGCCAGGAGAACUGAGUGACUGGGAGAACGUCUACAGAAAGGCUUGGGACCUUCAGAGACCUUCGUCCCCUGCAGCUGACUUCCAUGGCGCUCUCUGACCCCCUCCAGGCGAUCAUGAGUGGAGGGGUGAAUGUGAAGCCGGGCUCUGGGAUCCCCCUGCCCCGGACCAUGAUGCCCUCCCCGAAACUGGACCACAAGCACCUGAGCAGCGGCCUUCCCCGCCCCGCCACCCAGAUCCCCACGGGAGCCAAGGCCUCCUGUGGCGCCAGCGUCUCCUCCCGGGACCUCCUGAGGGACACGGCUCUGAGGAACCAGAUGCAGCUGCAGAGGAGCGGCCUGCCCCUCUCGCAGGCCCAGAGCAAGGCCUCGCGGGCGGCCGAGAGGGCCAACGGGACCCGCUCGGCCUUCAGCAGCCCCCAGGCGCCCCGCCGAGAGGACCCGCGCUCCAAGGACACGCUCGACGUCCGCAAGGGGGCGCCCACCCUGGAGCCCCUGCGAGAGCUGAGGAGGAACGGGAACAAGAACUGCCUUCCUGCCCCCUCCAGGGCGGCCCAUAAGAGGCUGGACAACACCAACGCCCAAAAGGGGAGCUCCGCUGAGGAGACGGGCGUGUCCCCCGGGCAGGGGACGGAGGGGUGCCCCCCUCACGGCCUCAGCAACGAGAACCUCCUCUCUGGGCCGUCGGGCCCCAGGUCCGGUGGGUCCGGCCUCGCAAAACGUAAGGGGCCCCUGGAGCGCGACAGGUCCGGGAGCCUCUCGGAUGAAGAGAUGGCCACCCCCGAAGAUCUGUCCCCCAGCACGCCCAACCCCCCCCCGGCCACGGCUCCGCCCCCUGCCCCGCCUGCCGACGCCCAGAGCGUGAAGCUGCCCAAAGGGAGGCAGCCGCCCCACGUCAACAUGGCCGCCAUCGCACCGUUCAGGUACAGGCUACACGCUAAGGAGGAGAACCUGGCCUCGUCCUUGGAGGAACUCAGCGACUGCUCCUCUGACUCCAUGGAAGUGUGCUGCGAUGACCUCCCCACAGGAGGGGUGCUUGGGGCUAGUGUGAAGGGCAGAGGAGUAGAUCUCGACAGCGACCGGGAGGCCAGCGACGUCCAGGGCCAGGGCGACGGGAACAUGGCCGCCAAGAGGGGCAAGUCGGGAGUCCCCCAGGCUCCCCGCGGCGAGCUGCGGGUGUUCCGGGCCGGGGCCCCCGAGGGCCGCCUGCUGGCCCCCUCCGGCCUGCGCAAGCAGAAGUCCCUCACCAACCUGUGCGUUCUGACCGACGCAGAGAAGAAGCUGCACCUCUACGAGCCCAAGUGGUGCGACGACACGGCCAAGCCGGCCGGCGGGGGCUGCCUGAAGGCCAAGGCCAAGGAGGGCUCCGCACCGCUGUCCCGGAACCUCUCCAAAUCGGAGCACUCGUUGUUCCAGGGGAAGGCCAAGCCCUUCAGCCCGCUGACGGCCCCCUCCGGGCUGGGCAAGCCCAGCCGCAUCCCCCGGGGCCCCUACGCCGAGGUGAAGCCCCUGAGCAAGGCCCCCGACGCGGCCGACGACAGCAAGUCGGACGACGAGAUCCUCUCCAGCAAGGCCAAGCAGGCUCAGGAGAAGAAGAAGCUGGCGGAAAGUUCCGGGGCGGCUCCGCAGGGCGGCGGGAAGGGGGACAAGGGGGAGAAGGGGACCGAGGAAGGGGACAAGACCUUCCUGAAGGUGGACCCAGAGCUGGUGGUCACGGUGCUGGGGGACCUGGAGCAGCUGCUGUUCAGCCAGAUUUUGGAUCCAGAGUCCCAGAGGAAACGGACUGUGCAGAACGUCCUCGAUCUGAGACAGAACCUGGAAGAUACCAUGACCAGCCUGCGGGGGUCACAGCUAAGCCACAGUUGCCUGGAGACGAGCGUGUGCUACGACAGCGACGAGACCAACGCGCGCAGCGUGUCCAGCCUGUCCAACCGCUCCUCGCCGCUCUCCUGGCGCCACGGCCAAUCCAGUCCCCGGCUGCAGGCGGGCGACGCCCCCUCCUCCACGGGCGGGGGUUACCGCGGGGGGCCGGGGGCCGGGCAGUACGCCUCCCACACCAUGCCCGCCCGGGUCCCCGCCCGGCCCGGGGGAGUGGCCCGACUGGCCCUCAUCCAGGGCCUCGACCCCGAGCUCCACCCCAAGUCCGGUUACCUGAGCGACAGCGACCAGCUCAGCAAGAGCCUGCCCGACGACGAGGAUGACGAGGACGACGACCUGGCCAAUGGCUGGGACGAGAGCAGCUCCAUCAGCAGCGGUCUCAGCGACGCGUCGGACAACCUCAGCUCCGAGGACUUCAACGCCAGCUCUUCCCUCAACUCCCUGCCCACCACGCCCGUGGGCUCCCGCCGCAACUCCGCCGUCGUGCUGCGCACGGAUGCGGAGAAACACUCCCUGGUGGAGAGCGGCCUGUCCUGGUACAGUGAGGAGGGGGGGAAGGCCCAGCGUAAACCCGACAGCGGGGGCUACGACACGGGCAGCCUCAAGACCGAGCCCUCCAGCAAGUGGAGGAAGUCGCGCCCCCCUGAGAGCGGGGGCGAGGACGCGGGGGGCCGGGGCGAGCUGAGGAAGCCCCAAACCCUGGGACACCCCCACGGCCUGAGGAAGAACCGCAACCCCCCUGUUGGGGUCACCUCCCCCAUCACACACACCUCCCAGAGCGUGCUCAAAGUGGCAGUGCCAAAGAGUGAGCAGAAGCCAGUGGACAAAGUCAAGAUGGCGGUCAAGGGGACGGCGCUGCAGCGGUCAUGUUCUGAUGCCGGCAAGGACCGCGGCGAGCACCGCAAGCCUCCCUCAGGCCUGGUCCGCCCCUCGGCCGGCUUCGGCUACAAGAAGCCGCCCCCGGCAACCGGCACGGCAACAGUGCUAACAGCCGGCGGCACAGCCAUCUCCAGCGGCUCGGCAACGGUGGGCAAGACGCCGAAGUCCUCCGGCAUCCCGGUGAAGCCGGUGAGCGGAACGGCGGCAGGAGGAGGAGGAGGAGGAGGAGGAGGGGGGAGGAAGACCAGCCUGGACGUGUCGAACUGCGACCAGGGCUUCCUGUCACCCAACGCCCGCAACAACAUCCAGUACCGCAGCCUCCCCCGCCCGGCCAAGUCCAGCACCAUGAGCCUGACGGGCCGGCCCGGCUCGCGCCCCAUCAGCAGCACCGCAGACGGGAGCGGCCUGCUCAGCCUGAAGCCCAUGCCCUCCGCCCCGGGCCCCGGGGGGUCCCGUCUGAGGGAGCCGGGCAGCGGUAAACCUGGGGGCCGCUCCAGCACAGGCCCCGUCAACCAGACGGACCGCGAGAAGGAGAAGGCCAGGGCCAAGGCCGGGGUGUGGGACUCUGAGGGAGGGCCCGCGAAGCCGGGCUGUGCCCCGCCCUCCUCCCAGCCCCCCGGGGAGACCGGGUCCAGAACGCUGGGGCUACGGCCCACCAGCGGCGGGAGGUUCUCCGAGCUGUCCUCCCCCACCUCACACAGAGCUCCAGGCAAGUCUCUGGGCAAGCCCCCGAGCCUGAUGCAGCUGGACAAGGUGAACUCCAAUAGCCUGGACUCCACCUUGCUGGCCAUUCAGAGCGAGCUGCCCCCCAAAGUGCCGCCCUACUCCAAGCUCCAGGACCUGGCUGGCUCCGGUGGCCCCUCGCCCUGCCUGACGCCCAGCCCCGCUCCCGUCCUCCACGUCAACUCUGCCGACUGCUUCCCGGAGCAGGACCCCCCGCCCGACGACCCGCCCCUGCUGUACCCCCGCCUGUCGGGGCUCCACCGCAGCAUGGAGAGCCUGUCCCUCCACAUGAGCGUGCCCCCGGCCGAGCCCCGGCCCCGGGAGCAGGAGAGACCCCCGGGGGGGUGGAGCUCCAGCAACAGGACCUCGCUCACGCUCCUGGACAGUUCACAAAGGGACCGGAACACCCUGCCAAAGAAAGGAUUAAGUCGCUAUGGUUCUGGCCAAUCGGAGGACGAGAGCAAAGAGAGACGCCACUCCCACACCAUCCUGAGCCUGACCGAGUCGGCCAGCCCCCCGAUGCUCCCGUCCCCCACCUCGGUCUCCCUCUCCUCCAAGGGCCCUUUCACCAAUGUGGUGGCCCCCACCCCCAACGGCGCCCCCCCCAGGAUGACGCGAUCCAACAGCAUCCCCACCCACGACUCCGGGUUCGAGCUCUACGGGGUGUCUCCGCUGGGCAGCACCCUCUCGCUGGCCGACCGGCCCAAGAGCAUGAUCCGCUCCGGAUCCUUCCGCGAACCUGCAGACGACGUUCAUGGCUCCGUCCUCUCCCUGGCGUCCAGCGCGUCAUCUAACUAUUCCUCGGCUGAAGAGAGGAUGCAGGGAGAGCAAAUACGCAAGCUGAGGCGGGAACUGGAGUCCUCCCAGGAGAAAGUGGCCAACCUCACCACGCAGCUGUCUGCCAACGCAAACCUGGUGGCCGCCUUCGAGCAGAGCCUGGCCCUCAUGACGACACGGCUGCAGAGCCUCUCGUUCAGCGCCGAGCAGAAGCAGGACACUGAGCUGGUGGAACUGCGAGAGACCAUCGAGCUCCUGCAGACCAAGAACACCGAGGCUCAGGCCGUCAUCCACGGGGCGCUCAACAACCCCGACAUCGCCCCCAAAGAGCUGCGGAUCAAGCGGCAGAACUCGUCGGAGAGCAUCUCCAGCCUCAACAGCAUCACCAGCCACUCCAGCAUCGGCAGCUUCAAGGACGCCGACGCCAAGAAGAAGAAGAAGAAGAGCUGGUUGAGAAGCUCCUUCAACAAGGCCUUCAGCAUUAAGAAGCCCAAGUCUGGCACCUCGUACUCCGACAUCGAGGAGAUUGUCACCCCCAACUCCUCGGCCCCCUCCUCCCCCAAGCUGUCUCACGAGGGCGGGGACAACCCCCCACUCUCUCUGGAGCCCUGCUCCUCCUCCGCUUCCUCCUCUGUGAUCUUCGAGGGUUCCGAGGAGCAGGAGAACGAGAACGAGAACGAGGACGAGAAGGUGGUGUCGGACCUGCGCUCCGAGCUGUGGGAGAAGGAGAUGAAGCUGACGGACAUCCGCUUGGAGGCCCUGAACUCCGCCCACCAGCUGGAGCAGCUGCGGGACGCCAUGAACAGCAUGCAGACGACUGUGGAGAACCUUAAGGCGGAGAACGAUCAGUUGAAGACUGGAGGGAGCCCCAAGCCCCCCUCAGGUCCCCCCACCUCCACCUCCCAACCUUCAGGCUUAACGUCCCUCCUGGGCUCCUCAUCGCCACGGCAAUCGCUGACCAUGUCCCUCACAAAGUCCUUCAGCCUGAGCCUCAAUGAAUGCAACAAUACAGACCUCUCUCCCGUGGAGGUCCUGAGCCUCCCGCCCCUGAGGGAUGAAACACACCUGCGGGUGGUGGUGCACUUGCCUGACCAGCGACUUUUCAAAGACGAGGUGAAGCAGCAGGACUACUUCAUCGGCUCGGUGAAGGUGAACGGGAAAACGGACUGGGCCGGUCUGGAUGCUGAUGUCAGCCAGGCCUUCCAGGACUAUAUCAGCAGGGUGGACCCGACCUCCAGCCUGGGCCUGUCUGCAGACUCCAUCUGCAGCUACAGCCUCAACCAAGGCAGGAGGGUGCUGGGUGGGGACUGCCCAGAGACCACACCCUCCUGGUGCAUGGGCAAGGGCCCUUGCUGCAUCACUGUGGCCCUUAAAGGGCUGAAGGAGAAGUGCGUGGACAGCCUGGUGUUCGAGACACUCAUCCCCAAGCCCAUGAUGCAACACUACAUCAGCCUGCUGCUCAAGCACCGCCGCCUCAUCCUGUCGGGCCCCAGUGGCACCGGGAAGACCUACCUCACCUCCCGGCUGGCCGAGUACCUGGUGGACCGCAGCGGACGGCAGCUCACCGAGGGCAUCGCCGUCAACUACAACAUGCACCGCCAGUCCUGCAAGGAUCUUCAGCUCUACCUGUCCAACCUGGCCAAUCAGAUUGACCGGGAGACCAGCACAGGAGACGUCCCAUUGGUCAUAGUCGUGGACGACCUCAGUGACUCCGCCUCCAUUAGCGAGCUUGUCAACGGUGCCCUCACCUGCAAGUACCAUAAGUGUCCAUACAUCAUCGGAACAACCAAUCAGCCUGUGAAGAUGACCCCCAACCACGGUCUACAUCUCAGCUUCAGAAUGGUGACGUUCUCCAAUAACGUGGAGCCGGCUAACGGGUUCCUGGUGCGGUACCUGCGCAGGAAGCUGGUGGAGUCGGAGAGCGGGGGCAGCCUGGACAGCGAGGAUCUCCUGCGGGUGCUGGACUGGGUGCCCAAGCUGUGGUACCACCUGCACGCCUUCCUAGAGAAGCACAGCACCUCAGACUUCCUCAUUGGUCCCUGCUUCUUCCUGUCCUGCCCGGUCACUGUGGAGGAGUUCCGUUCCUGGUUCAUCGACCUGUGGAACCAUUCCAUCAUCCCCUACCUGCAGGAGGGUGCCAAGGACGGCAUCAAGGUGCAUGGUCAGAAGGCUGUUUGGGAGGACCCGGUGGAGUGGGUGAGGGGAACCCUACCCUGGCCCUCUGCCCAGCAGGACCAGGCCAAGCUCUUCCACCUGCCCCCUCCCACUGUGGGCCCCAGCAGCGCUGGCCAGCCCCCCGAGGAGAGGGUCACCAAGGAAGCCCCCCCCAGCUCCCUCGACUCAGACCCGCUGAUGGCCAUGCUACUGAAGUUACAGGAGGCAGCCAAUUACAUAGAAUCUCCAGACCGAGAAACCACGGCAGACCCCAGCCUCCAGUCGUCACUUUGAACAUCUCCAGGAAAUGAAUGGACGAACGAACGAACGACGAACGAACGAACACUUUGGAUGGCUAGUGCUGUUAUUCCUUCAUUCGUCAUUGAGCCUCUAGGCUCUGCCAUUUGUCUUUAGUGUGGGUUUUCGCAGAGACAAAAAAAUAACUCAGACAUAGUCUGUCCUGUAUCUAUUACAGCUCCUCAGAUGCGCUCGACAGAAUCAAAUGUCCCAGGAUUUCAUCUAUAACUCUAAACAGCAAAAAAAACAGAAAACAGCUGUUCGUACUGGCCUUUUUAAGUUUUAUUAAAUCUACAAAUGCAUGGCAAUCAUUACAGCAGAUUUCAAAUAGAAUUAUUCUGAUUUAGUUUCCACAUUUUCUAUUUUAUUUUGUUCUGUUUUUCUUAAAGAAAAUGUUACAUGGUCCUGUUUACAAAAAAAACGACAAUAAACCCCUUGGUUGGGAGCCAUUACUGUUCCACUGUUGCCCUCAAUACCACUCAAGGAAACUGCUGCUGAUUGGAUAAACUGUCAAGUAUUAUUUAACCUCAUUGGUCCUCACAGCUUGUGGUCAGAGACAGUCACACAGAAGCUUUCAACAGCAAACACUUGCUUAUCACACAUCUCUGGGAUACCCCAGUCAAAUGUAAUUUGAUUAAUUAUGAGUGCGAUGAGUCAACUUAACUGACCCAAAAAUAACCUGCUCCAAAUCAUAGACUUUAAAGAGGUUGUGUAGUUUUUAAAUAGUUCCAAAGAACAGUUUCCAUUUGUAACCUCCAAAUUCUUAGACCUUUAUGUGAUUACAAGACCAAUCAGUUCAGAACUGCAGAGCACUUUCAAACAAUAUUUUAAACUUGGUUAUAGUUAAUUUAAAUGAUUAUCCAGCUAGUAUUCGAUUUCUGCAACAUUUGAGAAGUGUCCUACCAGUAUUGCUCUGGUGCCACAUGACAGUGACUUUGUACGGAUGUUACAUUUUCGCUGGAUUGGGUACCUUCUUUAAAAGCAUGGCAAUCACUUUAGAAAAAGACAAACAUUUUUUCCAAACUUUUCAUGAAAUGCGUUUUGAGAUUUUAGAUUUGUUUAUGAGAUUUAAUUGCGCUAUCCUGUCAAAUCCUGUGUGAAUUCAUGGACGUGAUGCUUAUUUCCUUUCGGCUACUGAAAACGGUUAGUGAACUAGCCACCUAGUCUGUCAUAGAUUUAGUUACUUUCUCGCUACACAGCUAGUGCUACCUAUUUAGCUGAAAAGCAGUCAGUGCACUGGAUAACAAAAGCCACAUUUCUUAUUUGUCUCUAUUUGCUAAAAUCAAUGGGGUCAGGUUUGUUUUGUAUUCUUUUUUUGUUUUGUUUAGAUUUUUUUCUUUAUAAACCCUAUUUAUUAACCCUUUGCCCACCAGGUGUGAGACGGCAUGUGCCCUUUGAAAACAUUGUGAAGAUGUCUAUAGGACCCAGCUGCCCAGGUUGUGUAGAUCAACCCUCCUACAGAUAUGCAAUUUUAAAUGACCACACAUUUAAACAAAUGGUGCUCAAAACAAACGCCUUAAUUUAGAAACUCGCUAUAUUGUUUCCUUGACCGCAGAUUUCCUCACUCUGCUAUCCAUAGAAAACUGUACUGUAUACAAUUUAAAAGUUCUAUUCUAUCAAACCAUCAGUGUACACUGCUUUCAGCAGGUAGCAGAGUGAACUGGUCUUUUUGAGGCUGACCUCAAAAAGAAAAUGGUGCUUGGACUUGCUUAUUUCUGUUUACCUUUUUACUUGAUACUAGCCAAAAUGCACUUUAUUUAGUUUCCAUUUUGUUGGUUGUUUUGUCAGCAAGUGUACCUUAGCGGAGAUCAGUGGAUUGCGCUGUGUCUUGCAAAAAAACAGAAAAGGCAAUUACAGGUGCAGUUCACAUGCAAAUCCUGCAGGGGCAGUGUUCAUGAUUCCCUGUAGCUCUGUGUUUUCUUCCAUUGUGCUAUUCUUAUUAAAUUCCUCAUCAUUAAUAUAAUGUAGUACCAUUCUGUUUCAAUCCAAGCUCUGCAGCUUACCGUAUUUAUUACAUAUAUUUAUGAUUUUUACAUUCUCUCAUGUAAGCCUUUUGUAAUGGGUAUGUCACUAUCACUUUUCUAAGUUUAAUGGAUUGAUGAAAUUCAAAUGUUUUACAGAUUUCUUAAAAAGAUUAUGUCCAGGCUGCAGCUCCCAUGUCUUACUGGAGUCAAUCAUAAUAUCAAGCAAAGUUAAGAUGAUGAUUAAGAUGUAUGUAAAAGUGAAAAGGGGAGGCCAUUUGAUAUGAUAAACAUUUUUGCUAGACGUUGAUCGUGGACGAUUCAUAAAGCUGCUGACGGUUAUGGUGACAAUUUCCAAAAUACCCACAAUCAUUAUCUCUUUGUUGCUCCCACUAUGGGCACCAUGCCAAUGUUCAAUAGCCUUUAUAUGAAGCACCAUAGUCUGAGGGAAAAUGCCCUCUAAAGGCCUAAGCCAGCAGUUCUGAGGUUUUCUUGCAUGGUGGUUCAACAGUGUCAGGAUCCAGUAAAUCUCUGUACUGUG